UCUUCUUCUUCUUCUUCUUCUUCUUCUUCUUCUUCUUCCUCCUCCUCCUCCUCCUGAAACCCCGCUGUUUCUCCUCCUUCAACUCCUCCCUCCAUUUCCCGCUAAAUUACCAGCAUAACGCAUGCAACCCAUACCCAUUUACAUACUCUGUUUUUCCUUCCGUAAAUCUCUGUCAGAUUGUUGUUCUCUGGUUUUUUAAGUUUAAAAACACCAUUGAAAUGUCUCGUGUCGGAGCAGACAACAGCACCGUAUCUCCGGCGAGUAGAGACAGCAAUGCCUCUUUGUUUCUUACGGGUAGAGAGCUCGACGAGCUGUCUUUCUCGUCGCCCACAUUAGGCCAGCUGCUCAAACGAGUUGGAGAUGCUCGGAAGGAAGCCGCCGGCGACGAGACACCUGUGCAUGAGCACCAAAUCGUUGACGUCGGCGACGUGGGUAGCCCAGACACAGUGUCGUUGCCGUUCGUGCUCUCGUUCAAUAACCUGACGUACAAGGUCAAGGUCCGGCGGAAGCCGACGUUCGGAAAGCUGCGAACGGCUGCGGCGGCGACCGCGGUGGCGGACACGGUGGAUCCUCGGGAGAGUCUUUUCACGGCGACAAAAACUCUUCUCAAUGACAUCUCGGGGGAAGCCCGGGACGGCGAGAUACUUGCUGUGUUGGGCGCUAGUGGGUCGGGGAAGUCGACGUUGAUCGACGCUUUGGCUAAUCGGAUUGCUAAAGGGAGCUUGAAAGGAAUGGUGACGUUAAACGGCGAGGUUUUGGAGUCUCGGAUGCUGAAAGUGAUCUCUGCUUACGUCAUGCAAGACGAUCUCCUCUUCCCGAUGUUGACGGUGGAGGAGACUCUCAUGUUCGCCGCCGAGUUCCGCCUCCCUCGAUCUCUCUCCAAAUCCAAGAAGAGACUCCGAGUUCAGGCAUUGAUUGAUCAGUUGGGUCUCCGAAACGCCGCCAAGACUGUAAUCGGCGAUGAAGGUCACAGGGGAGUCUCCGGCGGAGAACGCCGGCGAGUUUCAAUCGGAAUUGACAUCAUCCACGACCCGAUUAUUCUCUUCCUGGACGAACCCACUUCCGGUCUCGACUCAACCAGCGCUUACAUGGUCGUCAAAGUGUUGCAGAGGAUCGCACAGAGUGGAAGUAUCGUCAUCAUGUCCGUUCACCAGCCGAGUUACCGCAUUCUCGGUCUUCUCGAUAGGCUUUUGUUUCUUUCCCGGGGACAGACCGUUUUCAGCGGUCCUCCGGCGAACUUAGUGCCGUUUUUCACCGAGUUCGGUCACCCAAUUCCGGAAAACGACAACCGGACUGAGUUCGCAUUAGACUUGAUUCGAGAUCUGGAGGGCUCCCCAGGAGGGACCAAGAGCUUGGUGGAGUUCAACAGAGCGUGGCAGCAGACUAAACACAAUUCAAACUCGUAUACUCACCAGCAAGGUCGAUCGCUUAAAGAAGCCAUAACCGCAAGCAUUUCCAGAGGCAAGCUCGUCUCCGGCGCCACCAACGAUACCAGUCCGUCCUCCAUGGUUCCCACCUUCGCUAACCCAUUUUGGACUGAAAUCGCCGUUCUCUCCAAACGAUCCAUAACAAACUUCCGUCGAAUGCCGGAGCUCUUCGGAAUCCGAUUAGGCGCCGUGAUGGUCACCGGAUUUAUUCUCGCCACCGUGUUUUGGCAACUCGAUAAUUCCCCCAAAGGAGUUCAAGAGAGACUCGGAUUCUUCGCUUUCGCCAUGUCCACCACCUUCUACACCUGCGCAGACGCCCUCCCUGUCUUCCUCCAAGAACGCUAUAUUUUCAUGAGAGAAACGGCUCAUAAUGCUUAUCGGAGAUCCUCCUACGUUUUAUCUCACUCAUUAGUUGUAUUGCCAACUCUGUUUCUUCUCGCUUUAGCCUUCGCCGCCACCACUUUCUUCGCCGUCGGCCUCGACGGCGGCAUUACCGGGUUCUUCUUCUACUUCCUCAUCAUCGUCGCUUCCUUCUGGGCAGGAAGCUCCUUCGUCACCUUCCUCUCGGGUGUCGUCCCUCACGUCAUGCUCGGCUACACCAUUGUCGUCGCCAUCUUAGCUUACUUCCUCCUCUUCAGCGGCUUCUUCAUCAACCGCGAUAGAAUUCCCGACUACUGGAUCUGGUUCCACUACCUCUCACUGGUAAAAUACCCAUAUGAAGCAGUGUUGCAGAACGAGUUUCAGAACCCAACAAAGUGCUUCAUCAGAGGGAUUCAGAUCUUCGACAACACGCCGCUCGGAGCCGUGCCGACGGCAAUGAAAAAGACGUUGUUGCAGUCGCUGAGCAGGACGUUAGGGAUGAAGAUAACGAGCUCGACGUGCUUGACCACAGGAGCUGAUAUACUGCAGCAGCAGGGGAUCACAGACUUGAACAAAUGGUAUUGCUUGCUGGUUACUGUAGCCUGGGGUUUUCUGUUUAGGAUUCUGUUUUACUUCGCUUUAUUACUGGGCAGUAAAAAUAAAAGAAGGUGAAAAAGAGUAAAAAUGGUGAAAAAGAUAUUGGUGAUGGGUUUGGUUUGGUGCAGGGAAAGUGG